CCCGGCAAACUAUAGUGGAGCAGCAAAGCUUUUUUUGUUGCACUGGAUGCGGAAUGGGGUUGUUUCUGCUCCUCUGGCCAGCAAGCUGAAAAAUUCAAAGCUGGGAGCCAUGGCCUGAUUGCUGUCUAACUUAGUCAAAUCCCCAAAGUCUGGAGGGACUCAAAGAAGAGAGACAACCAGCAGCAUUGACCUUGAUCAAAGGCAAGGCAAUGUCAUCGCUGGUGAAGGAGGAUCUUAACAAGAAACUGUUCAAAUCCAUCGGGCAGAACUUGUACGAGUUCAUUGAAGUUGAGUGCUCAGGCAAGGACCGCUUCUACCUUUGUGCUUCAGUGACCAAAAGAGAAGAAGUUCAAAUAUCUAUGGUGAAACAUUUUAGAGUAGGCCUUGAUGAGAAGUAUGAAAUCUCUGAAAAAUGGUUUCUCAAUGACCUGGAGAUGAUUGAUGGAAAAGAAGCAGAUACUGAUAAUCCAUGGUUUGAUAUGCAUUUCAAGAAAGUCUAUAGUUGGGAAGCUUACAGCUGUGCCUCUAAGUAUGCGUUUGCCCGAACAUUAAAUAAACUGAAUGAGAUGUACCUCCAAAAGGACCUGAAGAUUGUGAACUUUGAUUAUACCUACAUCAAUGAUGACUCAUUCUGGUCUUCCAACAAUGGAGACUGUCUGGUUCUUAUGAGGAUCUGCUUCUAUGCGUCUAACCUUCUUUGUCUGUCUCUGUGCCCUCUGCCAAUAGGGUGAGAAGCUAUCAUUCUUGCCUCAUUUUGGACAGGAGUACUGUACUGUAUCAGCAGUUGUAGUUUUCACUAUCAUUAACAUGGUUUAAGCAUUUACUUCAAAAAGACAGGCACUACAAUAUAUGUGUGUUUAAAUAUGAAUUCCUACCUAGCUAUUUUAAUCACAUUGUCAGAUGUUAUGUACCCUACAA